AUGGGACGAGGACCGAAAGUUUCAGAUAAAGAUGAUAAUUUCUUCACUUCUGGCCCAUCCCAUCUUACUUCUGUUGAUUGGGCCAAUUCGCACCACCGAACCUCAGUGGUAUCAAGUUUGGUAAACGGAGUGUACACAUUAGAAAGGGACAGGCUUCUCAGCAUAAAAAAAAAGUACAAGUACAGGCUUGGCUCGCGGUAUUGUCCGGAACCACUAGCCAAGCCCUGGUGGGAGUUUUUCGAAUUCGAUUUGAUGGAAAAGUUGAUCGACGAUGACGGCUCCAUAUACGGUGCCAUUUUCGAAUACAAGAGCUACAACGUUAACCAAAAUACCCCACAUGUGAAAGUUCCACGCUAUGUGAUGGCCUUCCGCGGCACGGUUCUAAGAAAAAGAACUUGGAAGUUUGAUUUGAAACUUGACCUCCAAUGCAUCUUUAACACCCUUCAUCAAGGUGGCAGGUCUAAGAACGCCGUUGAAGAAAUCCGUAGAAUGGUGAAGAAUCAUAGCGAAUCAGCUAUAUGGCUUGCUGGACACUCUUUAGGAGCCGCCCUAGUUUUGCUUGCUGGAAAGACCAUGACAAGUUCUGGGUCCCUCCUGGAAAGUUACAUAUUCAACCCACCCAUCUCUUCUAUUCCUCUAGAGCAGCUACCUGGAGGACAUCUGCUUAAAGAUAUGUUUCAAACGGCCAAGAGUGUUGUCAAAGGCAACAUUGCCAUGGCCUUGCGUCCCAUAACCCAUCGCCAGGUCCAAGAAGAGAAUCCAUACACAGCAUCAUGGAUACCUUAUUUAUAUGUCAACCCAAACGAUCCAAUCUGUGCAGGAUAUAUUGAUUACUUCAAACACAAAAAGCGCAUGUCUGAGAACGGUGCAGGCCAAAUCGAGAAAAUGGGUGCUUCAAUCUCAUAUAGAACUCUAUUGGUAGGUAUAAUUAGAAGAUCACCGCCGGAUUUGUCAAAAGAACCUCUUCACGUUCUUCCAUCAGCAGACAUGACUGUAAACAAUAGCAAACCGACUAAGUCUACGCCAGCUCAUGUGCUUCACCAGUGGUGGGAGAAAGACCCGGCCACGAGGGAAAAUUGGGAAAGCUGUUGCAUUAGGCCUUACCAUGAAGACGAACUGGAGAGCUAAAGCAAUUGACACUAUUAGUCAAUAACAAAAAUGAGUGUCACAUUUGGUUUGGUUAAAUGGUUAAAGUCAGGUGAUCGUCAGUUCCAUACCCUUUUUUAAUUUAUUUUGUGUUUUCUCUC